AUGCUAAGGUUGAUUAGAGAGGAGUUGAAGAUAUGGCUAGAGGAGGUCAAAGGGCAAGGAAGCGGGCUCAGGGAAGAAAUGGAGAAGAUUAAAGGGGAAAUGACUAGAAGGGAAGAGCAGUGGGAAGUAGAGAGGGGGAAGAUGAAGGAAACAAUAAGGGACCUAGGUAAAAGAUUAGAAGAGGUAGAGGAGAGGAGAGAGGGGGAGAUGAAAAGGGUAAAAGAAAGGCUAGAAAAAUUAGAAAAGAAGCGGGUAGAAGGUGGGGGGGAAAAGCAGGGACAGGGGAACGCAGAAGUAGCGCAGGCAGCAAUAGAGAGGUUAAAAGAGAUGGAGUGGGCCAUAGAGAGGAAAGAAAGGCAACAAAGAAGGGGAAAUAUUGUAUUGAGAGGAGCGAGAAUAGAGAAGGUAAGGGAAAAGGAAGGGUUGAAAAAGAUUAUGCAGGUGAUAGGGGUAGAGGUCGAGGUAAAGGAUAUGUGGAAGGUAGGCGCAAAAAAGGGUGGAGAAAAGGGGAUAUAG